AUAGUAUGCUGAUGUAAACAAGACCAGCUGAUAUUUCUUUGUGAAAUGCGUGACAGAUAGGCUGCUAUUCAAAGUUCACAAAUCAAGAUGACAAAACCUUUGACUGUGCUCAAAAGUGUUGGGCCCAAGCUGGUGCCGUUCUUCAAGACGGUGGCGAUAUACUUCGUAUUGUUUGGGGAUGAGGAGCGAUCUUCCAUUUUCUUCUGCAUCGUCAAGCUCCUCCCCAUCAUCUCGCUCAUCCUGUUUGUGCUGAUGCAUGGGAUGAACCUCUCCGAAUACUACCGCUACUCUCGCCGCAUCCUCAUCGGCCUCGUCCUGUCUUGUCUCGGAGAUGCAUUCCUCGUAUGGAAGAAGACAUAUUUUGAAGCAGGUAUCCUCAUGUUCGCCCUUGCCCAACUUCAGUAUGCCCGAGCGUUCGGCUGGCGUCCCUUCAACCCAUACGCUGGCACAGUGUUUGCCGUUCUGUCGGGCAUUAUCUUCUACCACCUGCAGACAAGCCUGGAGGGCAUCAUGAUAUAUAUGGUCGGCAUCUACGUCGUCCUCAUCAGCAUCAUGGGGUGGAGGGCCGUCGCUCGGGUCCGCUUCUUUGAUGAUCUGUGGACGUGGACCAAGCUGAGCAGCUGCGCUGGUGCCAUAUGUUUCAUGAUAUCAGACUUGACCAUUGCAGUUGACAAAUUUGUGCGACCAGUUCCAUUUGCUCAUCCCAUUAUUAUGGUGACGUAUUAUGCUGCUCAGUUCGGAAUAUCCCUGUCAGUUGUGGACAGUCCUCUGGAGGAAUUGAUGAACGUGGAUUGAACUCGGCAGUGCUGAAUCAAUGUGUCGCUGUUACCGAACUGAUACUCAAAACCACCAAGUUUCAAAGUAGGGUAGAACUUAUUUUUCAAAACAAAAUAUUGGAUAGUUUCAACAUGGGUCUUGGUGAAUCCAAGGACUCAUUCAUCUAGGACAAGCUACCUUGAACAACGGGAACAAUUUGUUAAAAAAUCCUGAAAUGACAUGGAUAGAUCAUCAUCUGAAAUGAUGAAAUAACAAAUUUUAAAGCCACAAAAAAUGAUUUUGGAUGGAUAUUUAAAAACUUGAAAAUCAAACAGUGAAAAUGUCCCAAUAAUUUAUUGUAAUGUACAUAUAGAGAUACGUUAGUGGAAGUUGGCUGAGAUUUGGCAGUGAUGUUCCCAUUUAGUCAAAGAAAGGAACUCUUCUCUCCAAAUUCCUAACCCCAAUGGUAGGCACAUUGACUGCCAGUGAUAUGCUGAUGAGGGGGUUUUCUCAACACACUCAACGUUCCAAGCCUACUCCACCUUUUUUGGGUUUGAGGGCUUUGAUGGUGCGAUAAGUCAUGAUAUUACUAGUCAUCCUCUGCCUCUCUGCGAUGAACAGCAUGCUUGACUGGGCUCUUAGUUCAUCAAUCAAGCAGCUAUGCUGUAUAGACUGAACAUAUUUAGUUGAAAGUAACUUCAAAGAUUACUGAUUGACUGAGAGGCUAUUCCUGUACACCUCACCUGAAUGUAUACCGUUGCUGACAUUUACUAAUUACUUUCUUUAAAUGUCAUUUUUAUGCAGUCAAAUUACUUUCUUGAAAUGUAAUGUUCAUUGCAUAAGUAACUGAAAUAUUUAGUGGAAGGUGUUCACCCAUCUAGUGUCUGCAGGUGAAUUUAUUGAGCAUAUCUAGAUGUAGAACAAAUUAACAAUGGUGCUUGUAAAAACAAUGAAUUCAGAUUAUAGUUUACGAUCUAUUUAAUCUUUUUGCCAGACAUAAUGAUCUGCAAGUAUAUAUUUUAUUGAAACAAGCAUUACUGUACCUGCACAAUGACAGAAUGUACUUUAGAAUCUACAUUGUGUUAUUCCAUGAAACAUCAGACUCUCCCAAGGUGCCUACCAACAGUACCAACAUAUGUUCAGUACAGUAGAAUACUUGUAUAACGAACACGGAUAUAACGAACUGACGGCAAUGGCAAACUGUUUUAAAAGUCCCGAAUAAACCUUAUAUUAUCAUAUAAAAAAGUGAAUAGCGAACUACGGAUAUAACGAACUAAUUUCAGUGGUCCCUUGGAGAUCGUUAUAAAGGUAUUUUACUGUAAUUACUAACAAGAACAGUUUGGUCUACCUUCAGAUACUGAUUUGGCAAAGGUUUCUGAACUUUAAUAUCACUGGACAUCAGAUGUUUUAAAACUUAGCUUGACGUUCCAUUGAGAUAAGUUUAUUUAUCUUUUCUUUAGAAAUUGUCAGUGAUGUUGCAUGUAUAUAGCUGAAUCUUGAGGCGUACGUCUGUGUGUUGUGAAGAAACACUGUAACCGAUAGCUCUCACAACAUAGACUGUAUUCAUGUGAUGUUUGACAAACUAGAUCCCACUGCUUGUAUUUGAAUGUUGCUAUGUCUUCUGUCAAAGCUUCCCACGAAGCAUACACAAUGCAAUGUUUUGUUGAUAUGUUUCUUUAUCAUUAAUGUGUCACCUUUAAGAUAUUUAUGAUUUUAAUACACCAGAUCUUUCACAUGUGAUUUGCCUGUGUAUGCUUUUGCAAUAGUGUUCCAGACAGCAUUUGUUUAUUGUUUUAUUUGUAUGUUUUAGUGCUAGAUUGUUGUACUGUUCAUCUACUACGUCUAGUUAUGUAGAUUCAUAUUAGUACUCUUUGUAGUUUGGGCUAAAUUUCCGUGUACUAUGAAAAAUAUAUAUUUAAAUUGACAUACAUUGUGUUUACCAUUUAGAAAUAAUGACAUGCACAAUAAUAUAUAAACAAUAGUAAACACUUUUCAAAGUUCUACUAAGUCACACAAUAUAUUAAUGUGACUUUUCACAUUCAGAAACCAUCUACAUUGUGUGUGUGUAUAUUAUUUAGUUGUGUGGACUAUUUUCAGGUGUGUUGGUCUGUGUAAGUCUUUACCCUCAGGAAACCUGUCACAUGAAGCAUGUCUGUGUUUGUUUGUGUUGUUGAUAAUUAUGUCUAUUGAUGCAGUGCUGGCUAAGUGCAAGAGAUGCUGCAGACCGCACAUAUUUAUUGGGUUUGCUUAUUGCGUACUAUAAAAUGUUUGCGGCUUCACAGGAAGUCUUCCUCUUGAAAUCUGUAUCUUGGACCUUAACUUCACGUUAUUCUCAAAAUGUUAUUUGUUCUCAGGAACGAUGUAUCCUUUUUGUUUAUUAUGUUAAAGUUUGCAUUUUUUUAAAGUAAUGUUCAGAAUACAUUUCACAGCUUCGUUUGGAUACAAAUCAGUGUUGAUGAUUUCUGUUCCAUAUUUUUGCUCAAAGUGUGAAAUAUACAAGUUUUCCUGACCGAGAUACAGCUGAACAGUCUGACAUUUGGUCCGAUUCUGUUUUCUGUCAAUUUAGAGCGCAGUGUUGUACGUUGUUCCUUUUUUUUAAAAAUUUAAUUGAAUCCUGCUUCCUUCAGCUUGUAUUGUUCAGGGACCAUGCCAUUAUCUUGAUUUUCUGUUUUUGAACUUUUUUAGUAUAGUGUGUUUUGUGACAUUUACUCUCUUAUUAAAUAUUGUCUGUCACUUGUCACAACCAAAGAAGUCGAUGGACAAUCUCACAAAACAGUCAUGGCUGAAAACCAGUAGCAUUUGAUGGUUAAAUAGCAAUCUGAAAGUAUAUUGUUGUUGAAACUAUUCCAUCGUGACACAUGCAUGGACUUCUAUGUUUUUGUCACCAAUUACCCUGUUGAAAUAUCCUCCUGGGUUUUGUGAGAUGGUCCCUUGCACUGACACACAGCAAAUGUGUCAGACGACAAAAUUGGCAUUAGAGGUGUCGGGAAAACAACUUGUGUUUUGUGAAUGUCACAUUGGAAAUGUUUCCAUGGUUACAGUUUUAAGCUUGUAUGUUAGUGCUAGUAAUGUUUGAUUUGGUUGGUUUAUAUCUAGUUGUAGAAUAGACAAUGUGUAGUUUGACAGUCAUUAGGGAAACAUUAUUAUUUUUUCCUUCAUGUAGAUGAACCAUGUAUGUUUUUCAAAUGUCUUUUCAGAGCAUUUGCAAUUGCCUGCACUGAAUAUUGAUUGGGAUCUUGUGAAAAACUGACAUUAUAAUUUAUUUCUCAAAUAUUUUUAUAACUGUUUGUGCUGAUAGACAAAUGCGGUUUUCACAGCUUUUUGUUGACAGUGCCGAUUCAUAUGUGGGCUGUCUUCAAGAAGCCAUGUUUUGUACAUAUAUUCUCUUCUUCUGCAACAACAAUGCAACGUUGUUAUGACAGUUAUGGCAUUAUGGUAACAGUGGGCGCCUAUCUCAACAAUGCUCCUUUUUCACAAACAAUGGAAAUGUCACUGGUCACUGGUCACAACCCUGAUCAAGUAGGACUUAGGUUAGUUGGUUGGUUUGUGGUUUAACACCACACGCAGCAAUAUUCCAGCUAUAUGGCGGCGGUCUGUAAAUAAUCCAGUCUGGACCAGAUAAUCCAGUGAUGACCAUCAUGAGCAUCAAUCUAAGCAAUUUGGAUACGAUGACAUGUGUCAACCAAGUCAGCGAGCCUGACCACCCAAUCCUGUAAGCUGCCUCUUACGACAAGCAUGGGUUGCUGAAGGUCAGUUCUAUUCCAGAUCUUCCUAGGUAUUUAGGACUAAAGACCCCUGUAUGUAGUGUAAAACACAGUGUGGAAAUAGCAAUCACUACACAACAUGGCUCUCAAAGUAUUCAUGGUUGUUGCAAGUAAAUCAAGUUUUGUGUUUGCGAUUGGUUUUAAAUUGUGUACUAUAUUUGAAGACAUGAUCUAUAACUGUUUUUUUUGUUGAUGAUGCAAGGGCAAAUUCAAAUUUGAUCAUAUUUAUGCAAAGUUUUGCAUUCAGUUUCUUCCUAUAUCACAUUUUACAGUGUUGAAGAAGGGUUGACAGAUCUGCCAGUUUGACAUUGUGUCAGUUGUCAUAACAGUUUCUCUGAGCUGGACUUUUAGGGGUGGCAUACAAUCAUGGCACUGAAGACCAGGGUUUGAUUUCCCUCAUGUGUUCAAUACAUGGAACCAUUUCUGGCGUCCAUCAUGAUAUUGCUGCAAUAGAUCCAACCAAAAAUAUUCUCACUCACCCUGGCUAGCCAGAAUACCAAGUCCUACGAGUUUACAGGGUGACCAGUUGUCUGACCAGUGCAUCUCCAUUGUAAGGUGGUGCUUUGUGAAUUGGUUUACGGAUCCACCCACCCCAAUAUUGUUUAACAAGUCAUGAAAUUGCUUUUUAAAGCAAAUUUUCAUUGGAACGUUUACCAAGAUGAUUACAAAAAGUGCAUGCAAUGACAUGCACAGAUAGUAACACUCAGAAACAAAUGGAAGAAAAAACAUUUAUCUGGAAUUACUUUCUUCUAACCAGUUAUGAAACAAAUCCGUAAACCAAACUAUAAAGAAGUAUUGUGUUCAAGGAGCAGAGAGAGACGGCUCCACUAGGGUGUGAGUGUUUUGUGUGAGAUGGAUGUGUGUAUCGGAAUACUCCUGUAGUAUAUUAUUGUUAAUGUUUCAGCAUGAAAUAAAUAGCAACCUCAGCUAUACUUCUUUUUUAAAUUUAACAUCAAAAUACGUUUGAGUAACAUUUAAACACUGACCAACUCCAAGCCCACACAUGUACUGUGUAAGACGUGUUGUGAUAUUACCAUUGCUGACAAUCGUAACUGUGUCAUGGGCUUUCAGUGUAGUUGUGAGUUUGACAUGAAUGCAUAUAGAUAUACUUUCAACUUAUAUAUUUAUUCGGAGGACAGGUUUGGCUCUCAUUUAUCAGCCGACUAAAAUAUGUAACUUUACUUGAUACAACCAUUUUCCAUUUUGUUCUGACACAAAAUAUAACAAAGAUCAGCUAUCCUGAUCCUAUCAGUACUGACAUUUCGGUGUGAAUGAACUGGUUAAUGUAUGGGCUGUUUUAAAGUUCUUUUAAAAGUGCACAUAAUUAACGAUGCUUACAACAGUUAUGAGUUCAUAAAAAGAGGUAGAAAAUCCAUAAGACAUGAACACCAUCCAAAAAGGUUUAAUUCUCACAUUUCUCUUAAUAUUUAACACAUUUUAAAAUACAUUGAUAUCAAGCUUUUAUUAUUUAUUUUUUUAGUGGUUCCUUUCAUCAGAUAAACUUGAGUUUGUAUACUGCAUAUCCUUAGUACGCUGUCAAGUGUUUGAACAGUUUCUAGAAAUGUGUGUUCUCUGUUCUCUUCAAAUAUUUAAAAAUCUGGUGGAAUUUAGUUGAGCAUAGGUGUCAGGUCAUGUGAAUGACCCUUGUCUUCCUUUAACAAACAACAACCUUGGUUCAUCUUAUUUCCGAUGAGCAAAUCAGGAUAUCUGAGGUGAAAUCUUGAAAUGAGCCAUAACCAUAAACCUGUUGUCAGGGACGACGGACUAUUUGAUUUCUCAAAUAUAUGCAUUUAUGCCAGGUCCAACCCUUCCAACAAGAUAUUGUAAUAUUUGUGUUGUUUAUCUUCCACACCAAGCACACAUGUAUACUGAGGGAGAAAUGAAUAAAAAUAUUAAUCCUA